UCCGCUCCCCUCCGUCCCUCUCCUCUCCGCUCCGCCUGCCGCUGUCAUGUCGCCCGUCUCCUCCUUCCUCUGGACUUACGCCGUGGGGGUGAAGGUGCUGCUGUCCCAGCUGCUCAGCCGCAGCUUCUCACUGCCAGGUUGACAUUAAAUGGAUAAAGGCUCUCUGUGUAGAAUUGUGACGGAAGAGCCAUGGAGCACAAAACUCCAGAAGGUUCUACCUCUGACCUAAAGCUGGUCUGUCACCCAAGAGCAAAAAGUAAAGUUUGGAAGUACUUUGGGUUUGAUACUGAUGCUGAAGGAUGCAUACUGCAGUGGAAGAAGAUCUACUGCCGAGUUUGCAGGGCUCAAAUUGCUUACUCGGGAAACACCUCCAACCUCGCCUACCACCUUGAAAAGAAUCAUCCCAGUGAAUUCCACCAAGUUGUCAAGAGCAAUGCUGAGCAAGCUAGGGAGCCGUUCACCUCCAAUUUUUUGAAAUCCGAGUCUGAAGGCCCAUACCUGAGCAACCAGGAUGCAAUCUUCAAGACUUGCUACAGCCAAGACAGCAAACGGCACCAAGAAUUGACAUCUAUGGUUACUAACUUCAUCUGUGAAGGGCUGUAUCCUGUCUCUGUGGUAGAGGAGCAGACUUUCAAAAGGCUACUUAAAAUGGCAGACCCAAGGUACGAACUCCCCAACAGGAAAUAUUUCUCAUCCAAAGCCAUCCCAGAGCGGUACCAUAUUAUCCGGACUGCCGUGGAGAAGGAGUUGGCUGCGGCAGCAUGGUGUGGUGUGACUGCCGACCUAUGGACAGCACAGGGUCGAAACCGACACUACAUGUCUUUGACUGCCCACUUCUUGGGUGGUACGGGCAGUGGUGCCAACACCCUAAAGUUCACUUCCAAGUGUCUCGCCACGUUCGAAGUGGCAGACGAGUACACCACAGAGAACUUGGCCCAUGCGCUUGUCGAGUCCUUCAGAGAAUGGGGAAUCAGCAAAAAUGUGUUGGGUGUCACAACCAGCAGCGUCAGCGAAAACGUGGUAAAUGCCUGCUCCCUUCUGAAUCUCCCUGUGCACAUGCCGUGUUUCGGUCACACAAUCAAUUUGGGGAUAAACCGAGCACUCCAACUCCCGAAACUCUGCACCCUUCUUCUGAAGUGCAACAAACUGGUCGAAUACUUUAAGUUGACCCCGAGGGCAGCUUACAUGUUGAGGGAGAAGCAGAAACAACAGUAUUUGUUGCAGCACCAACUGGUCAGUGAUUGUAGCACUUGGGGGACCACCCUGUCCAUGCUACAGCGGUUGAGGGAACAACAAACAGCGAUUGUUGCUGUGCUUUUUGAGGACAGCAUGAAUUACCACUUGAUGCCAGAAGCCAGUGAAUGGAGCACCAUAGAAGGGCUGGUGGAAUUGCUGCAGCCAUUUCAGCAGGCCACUGAGAUGAUGGGCAGAUCCAAGUACCCAAUCAUUAGUCUGGUCAAACCUCUCCUACACGUCCUGUUGAACUCAACGCUGAAAGUUGAUGACUCAGACUCUCACAUGCUCGGCGCUGUGAAGGAGACCAUCGCUAAAGAGUUGUCUGAAGUGUACCGGUUGUCCCCAGAGCUGGAGCUCUUUCUCCACUCCGCAACGUUUCUCGACCCAAGGUACAAGAAAGUCCCGUUCCUUUCAGCAGCUCAGCAAAAGCAGGUUGAGAACAAGAUCUUGGAGGAAGCCACUGCCCUCUUGGAGAAGGGAAACGAGAGCUUUGUGAGAGUAGAGGGGGGCUUUGCCCUUGAAGAGCCACCGCUGAAAAAACGCACAAUGUCAGUGCAGCCCUACAGCACCGGGAGCAUUAACUUCAUGCUGGCAGAGAUCUUUGGGCAGGCGGGCAGCAGCGACGAGGGCCAAGAUGGAUGGCAUGCCCAGGUUGUGGAAGAACUGAACAAUUUCAAAUCACAGAAGGUGCUGGAACUGGGCAAAGAUCCGCUAAUCUGGUGGUCUGACCGGGUGGCUUUAUUUCCCACCUUGAGCAAACUGCUGCAGAAGUACUGGUGCAUUCCUGCCACCAGCAUUCCUUCCCAGCGCCUGUUCAGUGCAGCAGGGAAUCUGGUGAAUGCCAAGCGAAACCAGCUGGCCCCGGCUGAGGUUGAUCGGCUCCUGUUCCUGUACGAGAACACAAGGGUUGAACGGGAGGUGGCUGCGGAUGAUGAGUACGAAUGAGAACUGGACUAACAGGAACAUAUUGAGGGAUAAAUGACCACAUUCAGUGGUGAAAAGAAAGGAACAGAUGGGUAAUCCAAGUUAUGAUUUGUUAUCGAUUUGAAAUAAAAGAAUUUUGAUUUCUUUUCAUUGAACUGGUUGUAUGAAUCAGACAAGUUAUACUUUGUUCUUGCAGCAGGUUCCAAAACUGCGUCUGUGAAUUUAUGAUAUAUGGGACAGUGUGUAAACAUUAAAACACAGUAAUAGA